AUGGAUGAUCGAACUGCACACCCCGAUGGCCCACUGGAGGAAAUCCAAGAUGCAGUUCAACGUUCGUUGUUGACACACAAAUCCUAUGACAGAGCAGUCGUACUCGCACUACGCUGGGACAAUGACGAUCAGAACCUGGGCUCUCUGGAGACAGAACUUCUGAAUGUGUUCUCCCAGAAGUUCUAUUAUGAUAUUGAUUCAUUCAUCAUCCCAUUCACUCCUACAAUCGAUACACAAUACAAGCUCACAGAUCUUAUCAAGAAAUAUGACACUCCUCGUACCCUUGUAGUCAUUUUCUACGGACAUCUUGCUUGGAAUUGCAGCUUUGUCCAAAUCUUAUACAUCGUUUUCAAUUCCGUCCCUGGCAACCUGACAGCGGGCAUAGAGGUGGACCCGCUGGGGUGUGAAAAUGCAACCUGGUAUCUCCCUUUGACUUUCUUCUUUCAAAUACAUCGUUUUCAAUCCCGUCCCUCGCAACCUGACAGCGGGCUGAGGGGUGGACCCGCUGAAGUGCUGUCCCUCCUCACCUGA